AUGUCUGGAGCGUCUUGGUCGGUGCCGCGCAACUACACAUAUUGUGGCCCAGACUUGCGCGCAAUCCCAGCAGUCGCACUGACAUCUUUCUGCCGUCUCGCCCACUCGUUCAAGACCAAGGGCCAGCCAAUUGCCGACUACGGCCUCAACCGCAUGCUGCAGUCCGUCCAGCAGCAAAUCGACGGCAUCAUGUACGCUGCAGUCACUGGCCACGACCCGUGCUCUGCCCGCCAACUCUUCGACGACUGCCUCCACAUCGCCAAAAAGGCCCACCGGCUCACCACCAACGUUCGCGAUUUCUUCAAACGACUGCCGCGCGAGAUCCAAGAAGAGCACAUCUACGGCCAGCAAGUCGAGUCCGAGACGAUCGCCCUCAGCUGUCUUGCCGCCCUCGACGACCAGGCCGAUGGGAACAUUCACCAUUUCCGCUUCAAGGCCGACCAAUGGAACCCGGAGGUGGCCCUCAUCCAGGACGACUUCACCAAGCUGCGCAGAGCGGCGCUGAGCAGCGAGCGGAUACACGAGACGCAGCUGAAGAUCGAAGAAUACACCCACGAGAUCACCAAGUCGUGCCAGCUCUUCUUGAUGGCCAUCGAGGACACGGCCGCCCGGCAAUUCCCCGAAUCUUUCCAGGCCUACGGCGCCGGCGAGAAAACUGCC